AUGUCUCUAAAUAUCAAUAAAGACAAUCACAAAGAUAGUUUAAAUAGUUAUGACCCUGAGGAUAUAUAUGAUUACCUUAAUAACUCUCAAAGGAGUAUAGGUCCGAUUAGCUAUUCACUUGAACAAAAAAUUUUAAAUGAUCCUCUAGGUGAUAGUAUUAUUGAAAAUGAGCCAAUCCCUAAAGGAAAUGAUGAACUAUUAAAUAAAAUUAAAGAAGAAACAAAAACCAAUAAAGAAAUCAGCAAAAGUAAAACCCAACCACCUGUUAUUGGUAUAACAGGUGUUGUUGAAAAUAAUCAAUCUAAUGAAGAACAAAACGAAAAGCCACAAGAAAAUGUUAUUCCUCCAAUCCUUCCUGAAACUAAAGAAAUCCCUAAAAUGAAUGCCCUAGAAGUAAAAAAAACAGAACAAAAACCAAUUGAAAUUAUACAAGAAGAAGAAGUAAGUAAUGACAAUCAACAAUACACUACUAAAGAAAAAAAAGGAUGGUUUAAUUCACUAGAUGGUACUCAUUAUUUUGUGAUUAUUAUGGUAAGUAUUAUUGUCUUUAUUAUUAAUUACACAAUUUUACGUGUAUUAGUAACUUUAGAUAAUAAAUACCAUCAAUAA